AUGGGGGAUCACACCGUAUCGCCAUCCCAACAAAAUGGUCCCAAACGUCGCAAGCUGAACCUCUUUCUCGAUAAGGACACUGGCGGUGCGGAUUUCGAGCUUAACCCUCGGCCCCCACCACCACUACCUCUGCAGUUGAAUUUGAGCCCUCAGGAGGAGGAUCGUCAGAAAAAUCUAACUGAUCACUCCGAGGAGGAUGACGACGGGAACUACGAUGAUGAGGCCGGGCCUUCGGGCAAACUCGAGUUCCACAUCCGCAAUAUCAGUAAGAUUUGUAUGGAGAAUGUAACCGAGGAUAUCAAGCUUGUUAGUCCCAAGGCGACUAUUAUUCGUUGUUUGCCCUGGCGGAUUCUCUUCUUACUUCGUGGCUGUCAGGGCGGGAGUCGUUCUGUCGGUUUUUUUCUUCAAUGCAACGCCGAGUGCGAUUUGCCAACCUGGACCUGCCACGCUCGGGCCAGACUCACUGUCGUCGCCCAGCGACCAGGUGCCGAGUCGCUCACCAAAUCCAUCGACCAUACCUUCUGCUUAAAGGAGAACGACUGGGGCUUCUCCUCUUUCAUCUCCUUGUCUGAACUCUUGGAUCCAGAGCGUGGAUUGGUUCUUCCACCUGUAGCGGAUGAAUGCGAGGGGGAGCCGCUGGAGCCACCAACUGCAGAGGAGGAGGACGAAAGGGGAGUCUCAUUAUCACGGCCCCUUACUAGGUCGUGUUCAUCCUCAGAUAUCUUGUCCAAUGGAUCGCCAUCAGGGAAGUAUCGACGCUCUUCCUCUCUUCCCCGUAACUGCUCUACAACUUUGUCUUCUCCAAUACGGCGGCGAUCAUCGCCUGUAAAGAGGGUUGUACAGUCCUUAGAGCGCGAUACCCUCGUUCUUCGAAUUCAAGUUUAUGCGGACGCCCCACAUGGUGCAGACUGGGAUUCGAAGAAGUUCACGGGUUUCGUGGGUCUACGCAAUCAGGGUGCCACAUGCUAUAUGAAUUCUUUGCUUCAGGCGCUUUUUUUCACCAAUGAGUUGCGUCGUGCUGUCUUCCUGAUGCCUACAGAAAGUGACGACGCGAGCACAAGCAUUCCACUUGCCCUCCAGCGCGUCUUUUACGAGCUGCAAUUCAAUGAACGCGCUGUGGGCACGAAACGGCUGACACGCAGCUUCGGCUGGGAGUCUUUUGAGUCUCUAAUGCAACAUGACGUGCAGGAGCUUUGUCGUGUCCUGCUGGAUAACAUGGAAAACAAAAUGAAGGGGACCUCGGUGGAGGAGACAAUACCUGGUCUAUUUCGUGGAAAAAUGCUUUCCUACAUUUGUUGCAAACACGUGCCUUAUGAGUCAAAACGAGAGGAAAAUUUCUAUGAUAUUCAACUCAAGGUGAAGGGGAAUCGAGACGUCUAUCAAGCAUUCAAAGAUUACACGACCGUUGAAACUCUGAGUGGUGAAAACAAGUAUGAUGCCGGUGAAUACGGUUUACAGGAAGCAGAAAAAGGUGUCAUUUUUACCAAUUUUCCUCCUGUUCUCUAUCUACAAUUGAUGCGCUUCCAGUAUGACUGUAUAACGAACGCUAAUAUCAAAGUAAAUGACCGCUUUGAGUUCCCCUACCGCCUCCACUUGGACCCAUUCCUCAGAUCGACGGAUCCAGAUGAUCCCGCCACCUACAUUCUUCAUGCGGUGCUGGUGCACUCGGGCGACAAUCAUAGUGGCCACUACGUCGUCUACAUCAAUCCCUACGGCAAUAAUCGAUGGUACAAGUUCGAUGACGACGUUGUAUCUCGGUCUACACCCCGGGAGGCCAUUGACUUAAACUACGGCACUUCGGAUGACGAGCAUGGCAGCCUAUACAAAAGUUGUACCAGCGCUUAUAUGCUGGUGUAUAUUCGGGAGUCCUCUCUGCCGCAAGUCCUCAAGCCCGUAUCGACGGCAGACAUUCCUGACAGCCUACUGACCCGUCUCAAGGAGGAGCGGCGUGUCGAGGCGGACCAUCGCAGGGCCAAGGCGGAGUCACACCUCUACGCCUGCAUUCUCCUCGUUCUUGACGAAGACUUCUAUGGUUGGCAGGGUUUCGAUGUUUGUGACUUCGAAACACUGCCUACACGUCGACUCAAUGUCCCAAAAACGUCCACAUUGUCAGAGGUUAUCUCCAUCGUAGCCUCGCACUUGCGAACUGAUCCCUCGCUCAUUCGCCUUUGGAGAGUCAUUACCAGGCGAUCUGGGAUGCUUCGCUUCACUCCACUAUUACCUCCGCAAAAAUCCCAUGUACAAAAGCCUCCCUCGCCCCUCCCCACGACAGAAGGCCCGAUGGCCGCCCUUGCGGCUCUGACCAAUUCCUACCAGCAUCAAACCAAGUCUCCCUCGAAGGCCUCCCGUUUACCCGCUAGCAUUGGCGACGAUUGCACAUCUCCGCCCGUCCCCCUCCUUCCGGCUUCUGGUCCAAUGGCCGUUUGGGUUCAGACUCUUCCUCCACUACCUCACCUCACUUCCACCAUCUUCUCUCCGUGGAACGAAGUUCUCUGUUUCCUCAAGUACUUCUUUCCUCCUCCCACCAAUACUCUCACCGCAUCACCUUUCCUCACCAACCCCCAAAUGGGCACUCUUACCUACGUCGGUUGGAUUAUCAUUCAUUUGGAUGCACCUCUAAACUCCAUUCUCCCUGAACUGCGCUCGCGUGCAUCCCUUCCUGCGGAUGACUCCGUGCUCCUUUUCGAGGAGAAUGGUUUGAAGGAACUGCGCUCGCUGACGCAUCAUCUUGAGACCUCGACCGUUCGAGUGAGUUUAGGCACUGACGACGGAACGGAGACGUUUAUCCUCGUCUAUCAACAAAAACCGCAAUCUGAUGAAGAGUUAGACGCGGAGGUAAGAGACCAGGAAGAAGAGAGUAUGGAGGAUAGCGAUGAUCCAAUUGCUGAAGAAUCAAAGCCGUUGCCAUCCUCCAUCCCUAUUGUGUCUCCCAAACGCUCCCUCAUUUUAAUGAAGCGAAAGCCAAUUACACGUCCUCGACUUACUGCCAUGAAACUUUUGACUCGCAGCAAGCGAAUGAUGCGCUGCCGGUCUUAUCCAGUUACUGAGAAUCGGGGAAUUCGGGGCAAUUUUAAUUGUUCUGCGGGUGUGGGCAGAAAGCAACCUACUUCAAAGGCUUCACCGGCAGUGUCAACGCCUUCCAGGAGUAGUUUGUACUCACCGUUUUUCGUCAAGGGCUUCUAUCAUGAACUGCUUACUCGUGUUUCGGUUGAGUUUUACGAGUUAGUUUUCCCGUGGCAUAUGCUUCCCGGUUUGCGUUGUGUUGAGCCUGCGGCAGCAAUAGCUUUUCCUCCUCCAAUUGGAGAACGAAUUCUCCUUCCGGGAGUACCACUCAGUGGCGGCAGCGGAACAUUCAAGACCAGUCUCCUUCUUGAACAGGUCAUAGCUUCUAUUCAGGGGCCGGCUUUCACUGGCCUUAUCUCACCAAACGAAACCUACAACCAUCUCGUUGCCCUAGUGGCAAGUCACUUCUCAGCACCGGCCAACUGUAUCCAACUCUUCACUGUUUCAACCGGUCCAACCAUGAGUGGGGAGCGGGAAUUUUCGGCGAUCCCCUCCUCUUUGGAGUGGAAAGCAAAGGACAUAUUUGUGCAGCAUUCACCCUCGCCACCGCGGCACAAAGGUAACCACGCGUCUACACGGAAGCUCACUCCAUCCGUGCAGAUCUUCUUCCAGCGUCUUUCCAUUCCUACCGAGCGUUUGGAGCGCAUGUGCCAGUUGCGAUGCGUCUUCGUCGACAGCAGGAAGGUGCGGGAAGUGGUGCGUCUUCUGCUCAUUGUUCCACACCAGUGGACAGUGAGUCGAGUGCUCCAGUUGGCCAAGAAGGAGCUCAUUUCUAUAGGCUGUCUUUCAGACCUUGGUGAGGGCAACUUUGAUUCUCCUAAUGAAACUGCUUCAUCACAACCGUCGGUUCUCAGAAUGUUCGAAACACUCAAUACGUGGAUCAUUCAGCAGUACCCAUCAGACGAAAUUGCCGCGAGGCUCCAGCUGCUGGAGAAUCGUCUUUUACGGAUAGAAGUAAUGCCACCAGAGGAGCAGGAGUUUUUUGCUGCUUACGAGGGGCAGUCUGACAUCUCUUUGCUCCUGUCGGACGUGGAAGGCGAGAACCUGCGCCUUCCUAGCUUCCCCCUUGCUCCCUCCUCAAUAGCCUCAUCCUCCGCCGUCUCUGUGCCCACCCCGAUGGGCGGUGAUAGGGGCGAGGAUGGGGACGAGGAGGAAGAUGAGGAAGAGGACUACGACGUAAACAUUGAGGAAGAGGACGAUGAGGAGGAUGAAGAAGAGGAGGUGGACACACCGAGUAACACAGGGCGCGUAGAAGACCAAGAAGAGGAUGACGAAGAGGAGGCUGAUGAUGGAUCUAGCAGCGGUGUCGCCGACCCUAAUAACCUCAGUCUCAUUUGCAAUGCCGAUGAGGAGGAGGACGAGGCAGCAGAUGAUGAAAACGAUCCACUCAAGUUCAUAGAACGCGAUUCGGAGGAGGAAAGUGAAAUGCAAGUUCCACAACGUCUAGUGCGAUCUGCGGACGCCUCAGUCCAUGUUUCUGACAAAGCAGAAGACGAAACUAUGGACUCUUGUGAUCGUGACCACGAUGAGGAAGCAGAAUCCUUGGGUCUCGAAAUCUCCUCUCCCUCCAGUACUCCCGUCCAUGACUCUCUGGCUCCCGACGAAACCUCCACCCUACCCGUUGUCUGCAGUCUCUUCUACCGCGAUACAGGUAGCGGAGCCAUCUCAACAGGUCUCCUCCCCUUCACUAUGGUCUUGCGCCAUAACGAACCUGUAUCCAGCCUCCUCGACCGCAUUCGUCUCCAUCUGGGUCUACGUUCAGAAAUCGUGGAAAAGUGGCGUCUUGCCGUCCUCUCCGGACCCAUCUCUCCCAAUUCUGCGACAAUGGUGCCAUUGGCACCGACUCAAGAAAGUCUUUUGCGAAUGCGCUCCUCCUACAAAUACCUCACAACGCUGGCAGGCGCGGAGGAGGCUCGAGUCGAUUUGGCCGCCUUCAUGCCGGCGCCACUUCUACGGCGGUGUGGGGAGAAGAAGGCGCUGCUCUUCUUUGGUUUGCGACCGUGGCUGGGCAUCGAGAUGCCCAUGUCCCCGAUGGUUCCCCACAAAGGUGUUCCUGCGACAUUGCUGUCCACCUCCAAUCUGCACCCUCAGCAUCCCGGAAUUGGCAAGGAAAAUAACUUCAACGAUAGAGCCAUGGGUGACAGGUCGUGUUUGCGCUAG